CCGGAUGACACAAACGACUGUUGUGGCCGUUCAGAGCAAGAUCGCAAGUCGCGGAGUGGCGCUCCGUCGUGUUAAUCGUUAUCGAAGUCUGUAAACAUGUGGAAGCUAGUUCUCGUGGCGCUGGUCGCCCUCGCGUCAGCCGAGAAGGUCAAGUAUGACAAUUACAAGGUGUUCCGAGUGAUUCCGCAGACCGCGGACCAACUGGAAAUUUUGCGUCAUCUCGAAGAGAUUUCGGACUCGUACUCCUUCUGGAAAGGACCCAGCGAGAUCGGUCGCAAUGCCGACGUGAUGGUGGCCCCGCACAAGGAACCCGAGUUCAUCGAGAUGAUGGACAAAUUCGGACUCGCCCACGAGAUCUACGUCCCAAACGUUCAGACGUUGAUCGACAGCGAGCAACCGCCGGCCCAGCCUUUGGCGACAUUCGACUUGAAGAACUACCACAAAUUGGAGGACAUCUACGCGUUCUUGGACAGUCUGGCCAAGGCUUAUCCCAACAAGGUCCAGGUGGUCGUCGGCGGUAAGACUUACCAGGGUCGCGACAUCAAGGGCGUGAAGUUGACCUUCGGCCAGAACAAACCCGGCAUCUUCAUCGAGGGCGGCAUCCACGCCAGAGAAUGGAUCUCGCCUGCCACCAUCUUGUACGUGCUGAACGAGCUGCUGACCAGCAAUCAAGCGGACGUCAGGGCGCUCGCGGAAUCCCACGAGUGGUACAUCUUCCCGGUCUUCAACCCUGAUGGCUAUGUCUACACGCAUACCACGAACCGUUUAUGGAGGAAGACGCGCAAGCCGUACAAUUCCAUGUGCUACGGAAGCGACCCGAACAGGAAUUGGGGCUACAAAUGGAUGACCGGCGGUGCCAGCAACAACCCUUGCAGCGAGACUUACGGAGGAAGCUCCGCGUUCUCCGAGACGGAAACCAAGACGUUGUCCGAAUAUAUCACGUCGAUCUCGAGCAAAUUCUACGCCUAUGUCGGCUUCCACAGUUACUCGCAGCUUCUGAUGUUCCCCUACGGCCACACGAGAGAUCACCUCGAGAACUAUAGCGAUUCCCUGGAAAUCGGCAAGCUGACUAUCCAGGCCCUUGCGAAACGCUAUGGAACGAAAUACCAAACCGGAAACGUUGCUGAAACUAUCUACGUUGCUACUGGAAGCUCUGUCGACUGGGUGAAGGGAACCUUCCACAAACCAAUCACAUACACGUACGAGCUGCGCGACACCGGUCGCCACGGUUUCCUGCUUCCGGCCGACCAAAUUGAGCCCACAGCUCUGGAAACUUUGGACUCUCUGGUCGCCAUGUUCAAGGCGUCCAAGGCCCGCGGAUACGAAUAAGGGUACGACACCCUUUAAGAUUUAGGAUUCUCCAAUGCAACCGUGAGCCUUUCCCGAUUAAAAUAAGACCGAACACGAUGUAAUUGUUGUAAGAUCAUAAUGAUUUUUAUGAAAAAUAUAAAUAUACUUUUCAAAUUAAUAUGUUAACUUACAAAUUUUAGAAAACCAAUAAAACGUCGUCUUACACAAAA